CCUGCAGAAAACAGCAACAACAGAUAUUUUUAGGUUAUACGCUCAACAGACAGUCUAACUGCACACUAGCUUCUGCUAGCUUGGCUCAGCUAGCCAAGUUACCAGAUGCGAGGAAAAGAAAUGGCUGUACUACGCAGUUUUAUAUCUCGGGUUGUGGCGUGAAUUGACUUUGGUCAGCGACGAACAAGCACAGAAACGCUAAUAGGUGUAACAAUAAUUAAAUGUUUGAAUGAUAACGACAACCACACGAACUCACCGCCAUGUUAGCUCUGUGACACGGAAGUUAAACCGUGACCUCAGCAACCUUCCGCCAAUCAAAUCGUAGAGCGCCUGUGGGUGACGUCAUGCGUUUCUUGACUAUUAUUAAUUUAUUAAACGGAGAAAGUCAUCGGAGUUUGUUCAUUAAAACAUUUGUCACGUGUCUUUGGUCUGUUUAGAGUAUAAAAGCCGUUGUGCUUGAAUCUUCUGUCCCAUGUGUUCAGCCAACAGUGGGUCAGAGGGAAAGUCUAUUAAUAUCGCCAGUGUGUUGUAAAAGCAGAAGCAGGACGCGUGGUGUGGCUGUUUAUUGUGACAUGGCCUGCGGAGCCGACACUGAACUCAACCUUCAGGGCUUCAGGCUGACGAAAAACAAAGCAGAAGAGGACGAAACCCCUCUUCACGAGGAAGACCCACCAACUGCUGUAGUUCCAGAUGUUAUUCUAAGAGUAGAAGGAGAGAGUUUUUAUGUCAACCGCCAUCAUCUGGCCCUCCAGAGUCCCUACUUCAGGGCUCUGUUCUUUGGCUGCGGCGUGGAGAGCAGCAAAAAGAAAGUUGAUAUUAAAGGGGUGGUUCUGCAGCAUUUCAAGGCCUUGAUGGAUCACAGCAGGACAUCCAGCCUGCCGCUGGACAGAGAAAAUGUUCUUGGCAUCCUUCAGGCUGCAGACUUCCUCCAGUUCGAGCAGGCCAGGCUGCUGUGCUGCAAGUUCCUGGAGCGGGAGCUGCACCUCAGUAACUGCCUGGGAAUGAUGGCCUACGCCUGGCAGCUGGGCUGCAUGCAGCUCUACACUGCAGCCCGACAGGUGGCGCUCACACACUUCUCUGCUCUAUCUGCUGGAGAGGACUUCCUGUCCCUCUCAAAGGAGUCCAUAGCGGACCUUCUUGCCAGCGAUAAUCUGGCCAUUCAUAAGGAUGAUCUGGCCUUAGAGGCCGUACUGCGCUGGGUGUCAUUUCACCCUGAACGAGAAGAACAUUUUCUGGAGCUAAUUGAACUGGUGAGGCCUGAGUCUCUGUCUUUACAAUUCAUUACUGAACUUUUAACCAGAAUGACAAGCUCUGACCCUAAGGCCAAGCUCAUCUGCAUGCUCAAUGACCAUUUCCCAGCAUCUUGGUCAAUGGGCAGGUCAAUGAGGAGGACCAGGGCCAGAGAAAGCCUCUUUGUCCUGGGUGGACCUCAUGAUCAGGAAGAACAGGCACUGUACCAGUUUCAUCCUCUCAGUGGCAGAUGGCAGAGCUGUGCACCUCUGCAAAGGAAGAACCUCACACAGUACUCAGUGGCUGUGUUAGGAGACAACUUGUUUGUGACCGGAGGCUACUUUCGAGACGUGCUGUGGUUCAGUGUGGACUGGGUCAGGAUAUAUGAAUGUGGGAACCAGCGCUGGGUGGAUGGGCCUGCCCUGCUGAAGUCCAGACACAGCCACUGCUCCAUAGGGCUGGAGUCGAUACUGUUGGUGCUGGGUGGCAGCAUGGAUGAAGGCCUAGUGGCUGAGGUUGAAAGGCUGGACCUGGGGUCAGAGGAAGGUUGGAAGGGGGUCAGUCCUAUGGUCAGGGCCGUAGAACGGGCAGCAGCUGCUGCUCUAGGGCCAUGUGUAUAUGUGGCAUGUGGACUGGAUGAAAAUGGGGAAGUGUAUGGUGGAAUUCAAAGGUAUGUGGUGAGGGAGGACCAGUGGGAUGUGGUCUCUUAUUCUCCAUUUCCACGGUAUGACUUGGUCGCCACAGAGCUCAACGGCGCCCUCUACCUGUUCGGAGGCCAGGUCCUGCGUUUCGACGUGGACACGGACGAGUGGACGGUGCAGGCGGAGGACUUUCUGGACAGGAAGUUCUUCUGUGGCUGCGCCUUGGUCAGCGGACAGAUAUACCUGGUCAGCGAGCGUAAGAGCAACAGGGCAUUCCCAAACAUGGUGCUGCUCGACCCCUACAUUGACACUUGCAUUGAGGUCGACGAUGCCAUACCUUGUCCUGUGCCCAUCAGAGGCUGCGCCGCCGUCAGAAUGGACACGUAAUCUAACUAAAUCAAAAAGUAUUUU